AUAUACUCACGGCACAUACAACAUUCCUUGUGCAAACUUAAUAUCUUUACCAGAAGAAGCUAUCAAUGAGUUUAAAGAAACCAUUGUUUAUUUGAUUCAACAUCAACUCUCUAAUCAUAGCAGCUUAGUUGGAUCUCGAUGUAUUACCAUUCCUUGUUUAGAAAGUGAAUAUGCAUAUGAAACAUUGCAGUCAAUUUUUGGUGAUAACAAUUGGGGUAUUCGCCAUUAUAUGGGAAAUCAGCAAACUGCUGUAAUUUUAUUUACACCAACACAAACUGAAGAUGUUUAUAACAAUACAAAGAAUUCAGGUUUUGAUACUUUACCUCAAGAACAAAAUACAGCCAACAUUGAUCAAGAUUUAGAUGAUAAAGAAAUUGCAACACAAGGAUCUACUUAUCAUUCAAAAGUUGAUCUGACUGAUACUGAUGAAGCCGUUGAUUAG